GAUCGUUAUUUCACAUGGAUUAUGCUCUGCUUUCUGCCUUUUCUUCCCUACUGCCUUAGUGGAAACUUUCCCUGCAACUAACCAUGACCUGCCUGUUAAGAUGGACUGCUUUUCUUUGGACUGUACACUUAACUCCUUCCAUUUUCGGAAUGGCAGUUAAUGAUCGAACAGCUCACUCCUGUCCCCUACUGAAUGUAGAGGAACUCAGGUUUUCUGAUAGCUUAGAUGAACCUCUGGAAAUCACAGGAUUUGAUCUCACAGAAAAGUUUCUUCUCCGAAAGGGGACAGUCACAGAAGACCUGCAUUCAUUUCGCCUGGGAAGCAGCCCACUUAUCAAGCCAACUAAACAAAUAUUUCCAAAUGGCUUGCCAAGUGAAUUUUCUCUGGACACCAUCUUUCGUGUGAGAAGAACUACAAAAAAAGACCGAUGGUAUCUUUGGCAGAUAUUCGACCAGGCUGGAGACACUCAGGUGUCCGUUGUGGUUGAUGGCAGUAAGAAGGUGGUGGAGUUCUCCUGGCAGGGCCUGCCAAAGAACGUGUUCCGCUACACGUUUAAGAGCCGUGACCUCCACACCCUCUUUGAUCGCCAAUGGCACAAGCUGAGCUUUUCUGUACAGACCAACAUCGUCUCUGUUUACAUGGACUGCAAGCUAAUAGAAAGAAGGCUGACUGCAGAAAGGGAUGACAUCGACCCCAGUGGGCGUACACUCAUCACCACCCGAAUACAGGAUGGACGGCCUGUGGAUGUUGAACUCAAACAAAUUCUGCUGUACUGUGAUCCUUAUAUAGUCGAUAUGGAAACAUGCUGCGAAAUACUGGAGGCAAAGUGUGAAGCCAAGAAGACAUUUAAUGAGACCUCCCCUCCCCCAGUUAGAGGCCAGCUUCCACAGAUGCUGUUUCAGCCAGCCACACAGCCAACUGACAGAUGUCACUGUCCACCUGAAAAGGGGGAUGCUGGUCUUCCAGGUCUAGUUGGAAUUCCUGGACCAAAAGGGGAUAUGGGAGAAAAAGGAGACCCAGGGGAGACCUGCAGUCAAGGAAGCCUGGGUCAGAAGGGAGAAGAUGGAUCAGGACAGAAGGGGGUCAAUGGGGAGAAAGCUGACAAAGAUUGCCCCAAAGGACAUCAGGCCCCCUGUGGUGACAAAGGAGAGAAGGGAUUGGAUGGGGUCCCUGGCCAAUCAGGGGAAGCAGGCAAGGAGGGCAAAAGGGGGCGCAGAGGAAAGACUGGGAAACCUGGACCUGAAGGCAAGCCUGGGGAGAAGGGUGAGGCUGGUGUCUCUCAAGAAAAGGGGACAAAAGGAGACAGAGGAGACCCUGGUCAACCAGGUGCCAAGGGUGCCGAAGGGUUGAAAGGACAGAAAGGUGAUGCUGGACCCCCGGGUCCACCUGGUCCUGUGACAGCUCAUGGAUUGAAGCAGCUCUCUGGAACUGAUGAAAUGAUAAAUAUGCAGAAGGGAGAACAGGGAGAUCAGGGCAAGCAAGGCCCGUCUGGACCAACUGGACUCCCCGGCCUCCCAGGAGAUCCAGGCUCAUCAGGGGUGCCUGGGAGAGAUGGACUAAAAGGACAGAAGGGAGACUUGGGAGAAGUGACUGGGCUUCAGGGACCUCCAGGACCAAAGGGCGAGCCUGGAGAGCCUGGAUAUGUGGGUGAUGGGCUGUCUAUGUCCAGAGGCUCUCGCGGCCCCAAGGGGGAGCGAGGCGUCCCAGGACUGCCUGGAGAGCACGGUAAUAAAGGCGAGCCUGGAGAGAGCAUCACAGGCAUGCCUGGCCCCUUGGGACCUCCAGGAAAGCCAGGAAUUGAGGGUCUUCAUGGAGUCCCAGGUUCACCUGGGCCUGUUGGAGCUCUAGGAAGAGUGGGCCCUCCUGGCAGACCUGGGCCCCCUGGCCCUGCUGGACCUCCAGGUGAACCAACCGCACUACCAAUUGUUGGAGAUAUGGGGGCUUUGCUUAAGAACGCCUGCAGUGUUUGCCAGAUGAGAGUCUCUGGGCUGACUGGGCAGAAGGGAGAGAAGGGCUCCCCUGGAGUGCUUGGACAUGACGGCAUGGUGGGAGAAAAGGGGGAUCCAGGUGUAAGAGGUCCAAUGGGGAAUCCUGGGAAAGAAGGCCCAAAGGGAGUGAAAGGAGAGAGAGGCUUCUCUGGCCCCACAGGAGAUAAGGGCGAUGAGGGAGAUUCUGGAGUCCCGGGACUUCCUGGAGGGACAGGUCGCACCGGGGAGCCGGGGCUCAUGGGUCGCCCUGGUCCAAUGGGGCAAACAGGAUCUAAAGGGGAAAGAGGGAAUGAAGGACCUCCUGGUCGACCAGGCCUCCCAGGACCUCCAGGGGUACCCUAUGUGGAGGGCAAUGGGAUGAGCAGUCUGUACAAGCUGCAGAGUGGUGGAGCUAUUUUAGGACCCCCUGGGGCUCCUGGGGCUCCGGGCCCCAAAGGAGAUGAAGGACUUGCAGGGGAACCAGGGCUCAUGGGUUUACCGGGGCUUGAAGGUCUACCAGGUGCUAAGGGUGAUGUUGGUCUCUCUGGUCCACCUGGAAUACCAGGCCCUACAGGGAAACCCGGCCCGCGGGGACAACCAGGGAUCCCAGGAGAGCCGGGUCAGAGGGGGCCACUUGGAGAGACGGGGUUCCCGGGACCCGAGGGACCGCAAGGUGUUGCUGGCAGACCUGGAAAAGAUGGAACUCCCGGCUACAAGGGAGCGUCAGGGAGACAGGGGGACAGAGGAUCCAAAGGUGAACGUGGUGACCCAGGAAUUCCCGGAGAGAGAGGUGUCCAGGGAGAAAGAGGACGCCCAGGAGAUGGUGGCCUGAUUGGCCCGAGCGGACCGUCGGGACAAAAAGGAGAUUCUGGCCCUCCGGGACAGUUGGACGACCCCACCUUCAUGGAAGAAGUCAAAAUGUUCAUCAGGACUGAAAUAUUAAGAAUCUUUGAAGAAAAGUUGUCAAGCGCUACCUUGCUGCAGAAACUGCCUGCAGGGAUUUUAGCCUCACAAAUCCAUGGACCUCCAGGACUACCUGGCAAGGACGGUUUACCAGGCUCACGAGGAGAGCCUGGUUCUCCUGGUCCUCAAGGCUACAGGGGUCAGAAAGGAGAAAGAGGUCAGGUUGGUCUGGGCCUACCGGGUGAUCCAGGACCCAUGGGAGCACCAGGCCGUCCUGGUGCAACUUCUCAGGGUCCUCCUGGCUCUCCGGGGCCCCGUGGACCUGCAGGGAUGUGCGACCCAGGAGACUGUCAUCCGUUUGAGCACAGCGCGGCCUCCAGCCAUCCUUCUCCGAGCUCACAAGUGCAGCCAGACCCUGUCCGCAGUAGGAAAGGAGGGACAGCGUGAUUGGUGGUCCCGCACUGGGUCUGUCCAACCAACACUUUUUGUGACAUUGCUAAUGGGCUUGUUUUGAAUGCAAUAUUUUUUAAAUUAUUAUUGUUUUUUUAAUUUUUUUGCAAAGCUGUACUUUUGUGUUAGGUCGUGUUUUCACCCGCCCCUCUUCCCUGCUGUGAUGUAAUGCAUUCCUUGUCAACUCUCAUUACAUCUCUCAAGGCUGUGAAAUGACUUUGUUUAGUCACUUUCAGCCCCGUCGGAAUAACAUGAUCUUAAUUAUGUGUUUGCCUCCUUAAUUGGCACGCCUAUCCACCCUUCUGUUCUCAUUCAGAUAAGCCGUCGUGCUAGCAGAAGGUACAUUGUGCGUGUGUUUGUGCACGCGUGUUUGUGCACGUAUGUGUUCGAAAGACGACGAAGAACGAGAUUAGCUGAAUGUUUGUUUCAUGUGCGCCUUUGAGAGAAUUAGGAGCUCUUCUGUCAACUUUGUGCAGUGGUCUUCGCGUUGAGCCGUCGCCCUGUGGAACUCCUCGUUAUCAGACUACUGCAGAGCCCGGGGGUGGCCUAACACAUUUAAAUAAUAUACUGAUACUGAUUGCGAGAGAGAGAGACGGAACAAACAUCUAAAAUGAAAAAGAAAUCUCUUUGAAAAAAAGAAUCCAUCGCCUCAUGUAUAACCAAAGUGCAUCCACUGUGUCUAAUAUAGAGUUAUUUUUGUGGUGAGAUCUUAAAGAAUGUAUUAAAAUAAGUCGGGGUUUUUUCUGGAAUGUGGAUUAACCCCUUUAUGUAUCCGUGUGGUGAAGCUUAGGUUUAGUGAUUUGCAUCGUGCAUGAUAAUAAAAAAAAAACUAAAUAUGUCUUCCCAUUUACUGGUACAACAUUAGUCUUUAAUUAGCUUUGCCAUGGCAACUGGGUGUACAGAAAAACAGGAGGAAAACAUAUUGAGGGCAGAGUUAGUUAUACACAAAGAAAUUAAUAUGUUGUACUUUAAAAAAAAAAAAUCAUACGGUUGGUGUCACCUCUAUGACAUAUUUUAGGGCCAUAAAGGUUCAACACUCAAAAUCAUUAAAAAAAAUUAAUACACGUACACAAAUAAAGCUGUAUUAUUACAAGAAUAAAGUUGUAAUGAGUGACGUUGCAUUUUUUAAGUUGUAGUAAUGAAAAUAAACCCUUCAUAUAAAGUCUUCAUAUUAUGAGCAGGAGGUUGACAACCUUUCUCUCGUAAAAUAACCUUUAUCUUCUGUUCUCGUGAUACGACUAAUUUGUCAUUUUGAAUUUUUUUCUUGUAGUUUAACAACUUCAUUAUUUUAGUCAUAAUAUUUUAACAUUUUGUGAUAUUACAGCAGACCUCAUUUUAAGCAUCGAUACGGUUACGCUCGUACUGUAAUAUUAACACUUUAUUUUCAGGCAAAUUACUACUUUGCUCCAUAUUUAUUUCUUUUUUCUAGUACAUCACAGCUUUUCUUACAUUAUACUAUAACUUUGUUCUCGUAACAUGUUGUCAUCCAAUAAUAGACUAUUUAAACUUUACUAUAGUAAACAAACUUCUACACUCUAAUAAGAUGAUGACUUUAAUAUACUGUUCUAUCCUUCCUUUAACAUUUGAACUUUAUUGUAAAAUUCUGUUUCUUACAACAAUGUGGCUUUAUUAUAGUAAAAUUACAACUCAGUAAGUCUGACUUUUCUCUCGAUUUCAGUGCUUUUCUCAAAGAAACGAUGACUUGAACUCUUAUUUGUGUAAUAUUGCAAUUUAGUUAACAUUUUCAAUAAUACAACUUUAUUGUAGUAAUUUUAUUUAUUUAUUACGGUGUCCCUUCCGUUCCUUCAUACACUUUAAUCUUACGCUUGCCUUGAUGUGUAAAUACUCUGUUGUAUAUUACUCUGACUGACGAGUCUUUUUGGAUAUGCAUUUUGUUUCUGGGUCAUGGGGCUUGUAAUGGGACCUGAUGAUGUAAUUACACAAGCAAGUUAUCAUUUUAACGAUGUGUUAAGGUUCUCAGUCGAACACUAUUAGAAAGGUUGCUGCUUUGUGUGCCUUUGUUGAUUUAAACGUGUUGUGUUUACACGGUGUUUGCGGAUGAUGAUGAUUCCUCUGGUCUAUUUGUAUAUUUUGCUUUUCAACGGCGCCAAAGUAAUCGGAACACUACGCUAAAUGUGUUUGUGAAUUGUACUCACACCUCUACUUGACAUUGUUGACACUAAGAUCCAGGUUCUUUUUUUUUUCUUUCAUGUCAUCGUCUUAAGACUGGAAAAUAUUGAUUUAUUUAUUUGCUCUUUUCUACACUUGUUUUCAUGUACUGAUUGUUCGCUUUGAGUCAAGCAGCCAUUAUGCUAAUUUUAUAAUACUGUCAAUCGGUCUGUAGUCUACUGUAUAUUACCGUAUUUCUUCACUCAGUGGCUCCGCAGACUCAACAGCAGAGAGUACCAGGGAUCUAUUACAAAUUUACACUUCAUUAAAAUGAUAUUAAUUUAAAUUUAAAUUAAUUUCUAAUGUGUUCUGUCGUGUUUAUUAUUGUACAAGUGUUGAGACUAACCGACUCUCCUCCUCAUUCACAUUUUUUAAUCCUGUUUCUUUUCCUCUUUCUUCCAAGUCUAACAUCGUUUAGCAUCACAUC